AUGGCCGAAAAGCGAGGUUCCAUCGCUGCGCAGCUGUCCGACUUGGCGCGCAACUCCAGUCUCUUCUCGACAGCCAAACGAGACUCGGCGAGUCGGAGCGUGUUGGCCUUCUCGCAGGAGCCCGGAGACCCCGGGUUUCGCCGCAAGCCGCGACCCAAGUACGAGAACACGUACCGGCUGGAGCCGGCGAGGAAAUUCGAGCCAGGGAAAGUGAAAGCGAUCAUUGAGGACGUUCUGGCGUCGCAGCUGAAAGAGAACGAGACGUACGACCACAAUGCAGAUCGCCAACUAGUCAAAUCCCUGGCGGAGAUUAUCAAAGGUCGCGUAAAGGAGCUCAACUACGAGCGCUACAAGAUCGUGUGCUCGGUGACCAUCGGGCAGCUGAAAGAGCAGGGGAUGCGGAUAGGGAGUCGCUGCUGCUGGGACGCUAAGUGGGACUCGUUCGCGGAGGGCAGCUUCAAGAACAAGAACAUAUUCGCAGUGGCUACAGUCUGGGGAGUCUACUAUGAGUAG